AUGAAAAAGAAAGAAUGUUUUAAUGAGAAAUUAAUUCAACCUAUAUCAGACGUUAAAUCUAACAAUUCCGAUGUGCACGUUUUGCUAAUAGCACAAUAUGAUUUCACCUUAAAUUCAACGCACAAAUUUCAAAAAUAUCAAUACAUAUUUCAUCACGCAUGCACUACAAAAAAGUCGUGUGAACAUUUCUUUGAUGAUAACAUGACUAAAUCAGAUUUAUAUUUGAACAUUUGUUCGGGCUUGAACAUCUCUCAAUCACAAUUAUUUUGUUUUAUCAAGACUUCAAAAAAUCCGAAUUGCUUCCUAGUUAAAAAUUAUAUUAAUAAUGAAUUGAAUUUGGGGGUAUAUGCGCUUCGAGAUAUUGGCGAAAAUGAAGAGUUAUCAAUAUGUGAGAAUAUUGAGAAUUCAUUAGAGAUUACUAGUGACUUUGGUUUAUCAUUUCCUAAAGUGUUAGACCCUAUCAUUACACGAGCGAUGUAUUUAAAAAAGUUGUUGGGGAAGUUAAAUGAUAAUGAUCUAGAUAUCUUUGAAUUAAAUUCCCUUGAAAUUUCCUUUGAAGAAAGAAAUUAUUUAAAUAAUUUUACCAAUUUAGAUUCAAUCACUCAAUCACUCGAACACUCGAUAUUAUCACAUUUCUCAUCAAAUAAUCCCUCUCCUAAAUUUUUAUAUUCUUUAACGAAUACAAAUAAGAUUACAUUAGCAUCGCUUACGAAAACCGCUUUAAAAUUAUUUAAUUUUUCUGAAAAGUUUUAUAAUCAAGUAUAUUUAAUCAUUUCUUUGGAGGUUCCCACAAUUACCCUCACACAAAAGCUUUACAUGUUAUUAAACACUUAUCGUUUAUUCUUACUUUGGAUAAAUUGUGAACAUACGUUUACUUAUGCUUCUCGUUUUGAACAAUUUAUCAUUUGUUAUGUGAUCUCUUUUAAUUCCUUGAUGGAAAAUUGGAUUUCAAAUAACUAUUGGGCUAAAUUAUUAUUGAGUAUUGGCGUGUUGACGAAUCAAAGUGAUGAGGGUCAAGAGAUUUGCGAAGAAGAGGUCAUCGAGAGAUUUAAAUGGUUACAUUUGAGGUGUUUGGAUUGUGUGGAAUUCAAAUUCCUUUCUCAUAUACAGUAG